CAGUUCAGUACACGUCAGAUUUUCAAACGCAGUAGACUGUUUUUGGUUACUUAAGAAGUGAACUGUCAAAAUAAGCAAAAAUUAAAUAAAAAUGUAUUUAGAAAAAUACAAAUAUUUAAUGAUAAGAUGAAGAUAAGUUUAGCAUGUAUUACCGUUUUUUUGUUCUGUACAGUUUAUUGGGCAUUUGGUGUUUCACAAAUUCUAACUCCUACCCGAAAUGCUAUUCCAACAUCUUCAACUAGCGCGACAGUGUCACCAUCGAGUAACGCAUCUUCUAGUGAUAGUGAAGGUUACCAAUCAGUGUUAAAAAGUGAAGGUGACUCGAAUGCAGAUUUAACUAAAAAUCUCCCAUUGCCCCAGAACGAAGAUGAAGCUGUUCAACAGGAGUACGCCUUUCUAGAAGGUGUAUCGCAAAAUUCGGGUGUCGCACACGAGGUUGUUGGACCCAAACCUGGAAUCAUACAAACCUUGGUAGAUUCGAGCGCUCUACAGGAAAAGGCAGAAAACUCCGCCGAUUAUACUAGUCAUCACAAUGAAACUCCGCAUUUGGAAAAAAUUAUCGAAAACAAUAAAUCAUCCAACCUAGCUAGCGCGGAAAACAAAACUGUUAGUAAAGAAAACGUUUCUGUAGAUAUAAACAUAGGACAAGGAGGGGAGGUCGUUAACGCUAGUGAUAAUACUCAACAGACUGAAAAACUCGCAACUGAAGUGCCAACUGUCGAACCAAAGAUAAACGUAACUAAGGAGAAGGAUGAGACUCCCGAAGACAUUCCAUCGUUCUCAGAAUGGACGCAAAAGCAACUGGAGGAGGCCGAGAAAAAGAAAGAGGAGGCGAAUUCGUCCGUUCAAAAUCAACACACGAACGGAAAGGCUAACGCCGGUAAUCGAAAACGUUGGAAGAAUUACGCGUCGACAGAUUGCGGCGCGAAAAUCAUCGCGGCGAAUCCCGAGGCGAAUAGUGCCGGAUCGGUGCUUUCGGCCUCCAGAGACGAGUACAAAUUAAACGCGUGCGUGAAUCGAAUUUGGUUUAUAGUCGAACUGUGCGAGGCAAUUCAAGCGGUUAAAAUUGAACUGGCCAAUUUUGAAUUAUUCUCUUCUUCGCCGAAAGAGUUCAGUAUUUCGGUGAGUGAUCGUUUUCCGACCAGAGAAUGGUCGAGUGUUGGUCAGUUUGUUGCGAAGGACGAGCGAGAUAUACAAAGUUUUGAUUUACAUCCGCAUUUAUUUGGAAAAUUUAUCAAAUUCGAGAUGCACUCGCAUUACGGUUCCGAGCACUAUUGUCCAAUUUCGUUGUUUCGUGUAUUUGGCACAUCCGAGUUUGAAGUUCUCGAAACCGAAAACGAAGGGCAUGCCAAUGCGGUCGACGACGAUGAUGACGACAAUGAGUCAAUUAUUAUGGAUACCAGUAAUCCGCCUACAAAUCUGUUUAGUACCGCUACCGAUGCUGUAAUAUCUAUAGUCAAGAAAGCUGCCGAGGUUCUUGGAAAUAAAGGGAAUGGAUCUUCGAGUGAUAAAAAUGUGACAGUUGCUAAGUAUUCCCCAUUAAUUAGUACGUGUACCACGCCUAGUCAUAUAGUAGUUUGUAAUAACUGUAGUGAUCUACUGUUCGGAAAUGUAUUCGAACUGCUCAGUUGCAAUUCACAGUCGUUAGUGAGGUUAGUUUCCCAACCCAAAGUGAAACAUGUUUUAUAUCAUACUGAUAUUUGUUCAAGUUUUGGUUUGGAGAUUUGUAAUAAGCCCAGUUGUAAGGUCCAAAAUUUAUUUAAGUCGUACAUAACCUCGAUAUUUCCACCUAAAAUAGUUGCCGCAAUGUGCAACAUAGUGGCAAUUAAUGAGUGCAAAGUUGUUCGGAAUAUAAGCACGAACGCCACCACUACCGUAAUAACGCCACAAGCAAAUGAUAGCAAAGUGACCAACACCAAGUUCGUCCAGUUACCAUUUACUGAAGAGAUAGUAAUUGGUACAUCUGACACCGUGGUGAAAAUUGACACUUCGGUGAUACAAGAAAAAGCGUCCACCGAGACCCAAUACAGCUCACAGAUUAAUCCUACACGGACCCUUACAUCUGAGGUGGAAUCGUUUCCAAUCGAUGCGACGGUUAAUGUCGACAGUUCAUCAAAUGAGCAGGAGAUGCAGACGACCGAGUCUUCACAAGCUCCUGUUCAAAACGACACAGUCGUCAUACCUCCAAAUGAUUCACUAAAACACCAAAUGGAACAUAUCGAAGUGAGCUCAGAGGUUGUGCAAGAUAUCGAGACGUCGACGGAAAGUUCUGAACAUCUAGAAGAUCACCUUGAUAGUUUAGUAUCCGAUGAAGAGUCCUCUAAUGUUGCCUCGAGCACGCUGAGCCCUCCUGUCUUGCCGCAUGGACAGAAGGAGUCUGUUUUUCUAAGGCUUUCUAAUAGAAUUAAGGCACUGGAACGUAACAUGUCAUUAUCGAGUCAGUAUUUGGAAGAAUUAAGCAGGCGAUAUAAAAAGCAAGUGGAAGAAAUGCAGCGAUUAUUAGAUAAAACGAUCAACACCCUAAAUGAAGAAAACAAGAAGAAGGAGGAGAGAACACAGCAUUUAGAAGACCAAAUUGUCAUGUUAAGGGAAUCGAUAGAUUUAUUAAUUGAAGAUAAAAAGGCCUGGAUGAACACGACGUAUUGGUUAUUUUUAAGUGGCGUCGUUAUCGUAGGAUUUUUGUUAUUUUGUCGGAGAAACCAGGAAUUUAAUCAACCCGUUGGCGAUGCACGUUCGACAAACAAUCAGGUUUGGCGGCGCAUGUCUGUUGAUGCUAUCACAAAUAAGACUCCAGUAAAGAAGAGAAGACCCAGUGAGGAAGCUUUACUACAUUACGGCGCGUACACCGAUUUAGUUGUUGAUGAAUUGGACGGUGGGUUAAAAUUGAAAGGUAGAAAACGAAAAAAGCGUAGUUUACAACGUUCCAAUUCUAUAACAACUCUUGACGAAGAGGUGCCGGAUAAGGCCGUGGAGGAUGCGAAUGGCUGUAAAUUUAUACCCAUUUCGAACUCAACACAAAUCUGGAGGCGACAGGAUUCCGCACCUCCCAGUAUUACGAUGGAUUGGUCCGACAAUAGUAUAAAAAAUAAUAAAAUCGAAGAACUACCUUUCGUAUUGGACGAGAGCGAACACACAAGCUUAGAGCAAUUAACUUACAUUAAAGAGCCGCCGAAAAUUGAUACCUUCGAUCAUGUGAAGACAAAUGGAAAUAUUCAAUCGGCGACAUUUAUUACCACGGCUGCUGACUGUAGAGCAAAACGAUCUCUACAAAAUCCCAGUAUUGUAAAACUGUACGAUGGCCAUAAGAAGUCGGCGAGUUUUGAUGAAAAUUUGAGGCUAAACUCAUCACCGGAUGAAAGGCUUACAGAUUCUAGUAGCGUAAGUAAUAAUGUUGAUGAAUUGAAAAUUAUCGAAUUGCCGAAAAAGGAAAAGAAGAAUGCUUUGAAACGAUUAUUUAAGUCGUUGACAUUUAAGUAACUGUUUGUAGCUUUUUGGUAGUCACAAAAUUAUAGUCGAUGUAUAUCACAUUUGUUUUUAACCGUAAGAUGACUUAGGUGAGCAAUUAAGUUGAAGGCUGCAAACGACGGAGUACAUAAUUUCAUGUGUGCAUUUAUUCUAUUUAUUAUCUACGUAUUUUAAUUAUGCACAUUUGAAGUUUAGGUAUCGAUGAAUACUUCUUAAUAAAUUGUGUGUUCUAUUACAAAUUCCUGUAUAUGCGCUGUGAUGAAUUUAUUUAAUAUUAAAAUUUUAUAUAUGUUUGCAAAGUAUGGUGUUUUAGGAAAAAUAAUUUUAUACACUUAAGUUAAAUAAAGUCAAAGAAUGCCAUAUACUAAAAGAAAUAAAUUGUUACAAAUAU